UUACACUUAAAUACUUACCUAUUGUUUUGUGGUUAAUGACAUCACUUUUCUGAACAUAAUUAAUGGAAAAGAGAAAACAUACCUACCUAUUUUAAUUUAAUGUAUCUCUGCUCUGCGCUCUAAUUAAAUUUUUAAAGAAUAGCUCACAAUGUUUGAUAAUUAUGGGCAGAACCAUGCCCAAGCUGAGACAGCAUCUCCACAAAGUACUAAAGUCUUAAGGUUUGACAAGCAAUAUGUAAAGACAACACCAGGGAUUUUAAAAAUUGUACAACUGGUUUGCAACAUCAUAGGUUUCAUCUGUAUAAAGGUAUCAAGUGCAUUUAUAUCCCCCAUCUUCUAUAAUCUUCUAUACUGGAUUGCAAACACCAUCACUUUAUUCUUACUAGUGAUGUACAUGUUUCAUUUUGUCGAAAAGUAUGAUCACCUGCCGUGGUACAAAUUGGAAUUCUUCUAUUGUUGUGCUGUUGUACUUACUUAUAUUGGCACAUCAAUAUUUGCAGCUACUCUUGCCGAGAGUGUUGGAUAUGCCGUUGGGUUCUUUGGACUGUGUGCAAUAGGUGCAUAUGCUUUUGAUGGAUUUUUAAAGUACAGAGGGUGGAAGAGAGGUCUGCCCCCACAGUGAUUCUUUUAAAUUAAGGAACAAUUUACUUUAAUAUCAAUAAGCACAUUACUUUAAUCUUAUUAAUUGUUUACAGAAAUUAUUCUCACCGAUG